CUCGCAGGUGGCUGGGGGCGCGCGCGGCUGGAGCCCGGGCGGGAGCCGAGGCAGUGCCGUCGGGGCCACGGCACACCAUGGACCUGUGGCCGUGGCUCACGGCCACGCUGCUGGCGCUGCUGCUGCUGGUGCAACUCCACCGCGCCACCAGGUUCUACGCCAAGAUCGUGGGCUACUGCUUGCUCUGCCUGGCCGUGUCCGCCCUGGCCUCCGUCGUCUGCCUGCUGCGCCAUGGGGGCCGCACCGUGGAGAACAUGAGCAUCAUUAGCUGGUUCGUCCGGUCCUUCAAGUACCUGUACGGUCUCCGCUUCAAGGUCCACGGCAGCCACAAGCUGGAGGGGGAACGGCCUUGUGUCAUCAUCUCCAACCACCAGAGUAUCCUGGACAUGAUGGGCCUCAUGGAGAUCCUUCCAGACCGCUGCGUGCAGAUCGCCAAGCGGGAGCUGCUCUUCAUGGGGCCAGUGGGCCUCAUCAUGUACCUGGGCGGCGUCAUCUUCAUCAACCGCCAGCGCUCCAGCAAGGCCUUGUCCGUCAUGGCCGAGGUGGGCCAGCGCAUGAUCCGGGAGAGGCUCAAAGUGUGGAUCUACCCGGAGGGUACCCGGAAUGACAACGGAGACCUGCUGCCCUUCAAGAAAGGGGCCUUCUACUUGGCCAUCCAGGCCCAGGUCCCCAUCAUCCCUGUGGUCUAUUCUUCCUUCUCCUCCUUCUACGACAGCAAGAAGCAGCUCUUCACCUCAGGGACCAUCCAGGUGCGGGUGUUGGAUGCUGUUCCCACCACAGGCCUCACCGAAGCUGACGUCCCCCGGCUCAUGGCUCAAUGCCACCAGACCAUGAGGACCACCUUCCUCGCCAUCUCCAAGGCCCCCCAGGAAAACGGGGCAGCUCUGGCGUCCGAGGCACAGCCAGUGCAAUAGUCGAGGCUGCCAGCCAUGGACAUAGGGUUCUGAGGGCUCAGCCCCCAAAUGCUCCCGCAGGAUCGGGCAUAGCAGCCGGACAGUACGACCUGCCCUCCUUCCGGCCCAGCUGCAGGGUAGUGCAGUGGCCCCAAUUUCUGGAGUCUUUGUUUUUAUAAACUGACACCGUCUCAUGGA